UUUUACAUAAAUAAGUAAAGCCCUCACUAUUCAAUUAUCUACACUACAUUAAGUUUUAAUCCAUAUUUGUUUAAUUUUUAAUUUUUGUUUAUUGACAUUUGUUAAGACCAAUUGUUGUUUUUGUAGAACUGCCACCACCUUGUAUGAAUUCGCCUUGGUAUCAAAUGCUACCAAUGAUCUUAAACAUUUGUUGACAACAACAUGGGCAAAGUAAUAGAAACAGUGGCCGAUUCGAUUGCCAUUGAAAUCCUUGAUGAAACUACCAUAUUAACCGGUAAAGGCAAUGAAUUACAUUUGUAUAGAAAAAAUACAGCCAAAGAAAACGUGUUUGAGCGACAAGUGCUGGCCAUAAAACUUACAAAUAAAAUUCAUGGCAUCAGGAAGACACAGACUGCAAGUGUAAAAAUUGUAUUAGUUUAUGGUGAAAAGGAGUUUAUAUUGUUGGCAUACAAUGACAACCAUGAAUUUAAUGAAUUCUAUAGAGCAGAAUUAAGUGAUUGGAUUAGCUGUGGUUCGUUUGUAAAUGAUUCGCAAGAAAUAGUGCUACUAACAGCUCAUAGCAUCAUAUUAAGAUUUUCCUAUAACGUUGCUGUCGGGGAGUGUUGUCUUAAGGAACGCGUAUCUUGUACUGACAAAUCCACAUUAUAUUGUGCACAUUUAUUUGGUGAAAACUGGAAUGAUUUGGUUGUAUUUGCCGGUAAUGCUUUUGGUGAACUACUCAUAUGGCAGCCUUCCAAGUAUGAGGAAAAUAAAGCAGAGCCACUGAAACCUAAGGUGUCUCCGUUAUUACACCGCAUUUCAGCUCACAAUGGUGUCAUCUUUUCAAUUGACUAUGACCAGGAUUCGCAGUGUCUUAUAACAACUAGUGAUGAUCGAGCCAUCAAAUGGUGGAAAAUAGAAUUUACUACGGAAUUCAAUUGGAGCGAAUCAACUCUUCAAGCCCUGUCCAGUGGUUAUGGUCAUGUUGCUAGAGUAUUUCAAGGACGUAUUAUUAAGGAUGGUCCUAAUGUUUAUGCUCUCAGUGUGGGUGAGGAUUCAUAUUUUUGUCUAUGGCACAAAAAUGGUCAACUCCUUUUUAAAAGACGUCAGCAAUAUGGAGCAACGAUUUGGAAUUUUGUCUAUGAUAAUAAUACUAAAAUCAUAUAUACCAUUGGCUCCAUAGGAAAUUUGGUGGCCUUUGGCUUGAACCAAGUUCUACAAGAAACCCAAAAACCUCUAGAAGAUACACUACUGCCAGCUCUAACAGAUGGAAAUUCUAUGGAAUACAUAGCAAAAGUUAAAUUUCUAACAGCUAAACAUUUAAUAGGGGUAACAAAUCAAAAUAAUUUAAUGACAUCAAGAUGCAAAGGAAAUGAAUGGCUUAAUUGGGAAAAUGUGCCGGUAAAAGUGGAUUUUAAAUGUACUGUAAUGGAGGUAUUUGAAAAUCGUAUAGCAAUUUGUGGUUACAAACGUCUAAUUUUAUUGGAGUGUCAGGAGAAUAGUGGAGAAUUCAUUGUAAUACACUGUGAAGAGUUGCUUAAUAGUGUGAUACGCACUUUUGUGUUUUUCAGCAAACAGCAAUAUUUAAUAUGUGAUGAUCAGGGCAAUUCGUUAAUAUUUAUGGGCUCCAUAAAUAAUAAACAAUAUUUGGUAUUACCUAAAUGUAAGGAACCUUGGCUAACAACAGCUGUAUUGCUGCAUGCACAGCAAUGUAUAGUUAUAAGCAACAGACAGGGUAAUUUGUUGUUAUACCAGCUGGAGCCAGAAAGCAAUAAAUAUGAAUUGAAACAGAUCAUAAAACAUCCUCAUGGUAAUUUAGGAGCCACUAAUCUGCACUGCCUAGAAGAGACCACGAAUUCAGCCUUAAUACGUUCAACUGGUCAUGAUGGUGCACUCAAUGUGUUUUCCAUUGAUUUUGAUAACACUACAAUUCAAACGUGCUACCGCCAGAAUUUACCCGUGUCUUGGGUAGAGCAUAUUGAAAAGUGGUAUAAUGAUUUGGAAGUGUUUUUAGGAUUUAAUGACAAUCACUUUGUGGCUUGGUGUAAAGAAUUUGAUUUCCUGCUGCAGUUGCCCUGUGGAGGUGGUCAUAGAUGUUGGCAUUUUGUAAUAAAUCCCCAAGACUUUAAAAUCUCUCUAGCAUUUAUAAAAAAUAAAAGGGUUCGUUUCUACGAAAUCUCGCUAUUAAACCAGGAGUUAAUCACUCUGCCUUUGGCUAAACGCUGGCAUAUCUCACCCUGUAAUAUAAUGGAAAUAUUACUACCAACUUCAUCUUCCCACUCAUCUCAUAUAGCGGUAACAGCGGGUGAUGAUAAUCUUUUAAAAAUUCACACUUUCAACCAGCAGUCAGGGCUCAAGGAGCACAAGGAACUACACCAUCAUAUAUCCAACAUAAGAGCCUUGAAGGUAUUGUCCUUAAAUGACAUGGAGUUCUUAAUAUUUUCCGGUGGCGGUCGAGCUCAACUGUGCGUAACUAAAGUGGAUAGUGGUAAUUUUCAUAUCAACGAAUUGAUAAAUUAUACUUUGAAGCAGGAAAGCAGCGACAAUAAAUCAAAAGACCAAUCAUAUAAUUUUGAUCCAGAGACACGUUUAAUGUGUUUGGAUGUCAAAGUUGUAUCCAAGGAGGAGUAUGAAAUUUAUGUGGGCUGUUCCGAUGGCUUCAUUCGACAUUUAAAACUAAACCGAAGAACAUUAGAAAUUACACUACUAACACAAUAUUUCUACGGUAAAUGCAUUUUACAAUUGAGGUAUAUAGCCGAAAUGGAUUAUGUUUUAGUGGCCGCCACUGAUGGCUUUAUAAAGUUCUACGAUAGCAGCCUUUCGAAUUGUUUACAACAACUGCAACAUCACUCUAGUGGCAUCAAUGGUUUAUCUAUUUUAUAUAAUUCUGCAAACAGAACUCUACAAAUUUUGAGUGGCGGUGAUGAUCAAGCUGUUUCAUAUACGGAAUUGUCUUUGAAUGAUUUAGAUUUUGCAAUAUUAAGGAAAUUCCACAAACCUUAUUUACAUACAGCCCAAGUGUGUGCUAGCGCCUUGAGUUCAGAUGGUCGUUAUGGUUUUACCAGCGGUGUAGAUCAAGUUCUUAAUAAACUUGAUUUAAGUACGGGAGAAGUGGUGGAUAGUUUUUACUCCUGUGUGGCCGAUAUUAAAGGAGUAGCCUUGGCCGAUGAUAAUGUAUGUUUAUUGUAUGGUUGUGGUUUACAAAUUUAUUCAUUUAAUAGUUGAUGUGUGUAAAACUGUUUUAGCAAAAUGUUAUUUUAUUUAAAUAAACGCUUUUAAAAGUAAAA